GCGGCCUUGGUCUUGCGAGCUUGACCAGGUUUGUCAGGUGCGUCCCUGAUGGAGUCUCGGGCCUGUCUCUUCUUCUCAAGAGGUCCUCAGAAGAAGGAGGAAUGGCUGUGGACCAAGCCAAAUGCAAGGAAUCAAUGAUAUUCAGGGAUGUGGCCAUAGAUUUCUCUCAGGAGGAGUGGGGAUGCCUGGACCCAGCUCAGAGGGACUUGUACAGAGAUGUAAUGCUGGAGAACUACAGCAAUCUGCUGUCAGUGGGACUUUACAUACCUAAGCCUCAUGUUAUCUCCUUAUUGGAACAAGGGAAAGAGCCCUGGAUGGUUGGCAGAGAACUGACAAGAAGCCUGUGUUCAGAUCUGGAGUCAAUGUGUGAAACCAAGUUAUUAUCUCUAAAGAAGGAAGUUUAUGAAAUAGAAUCAUGCCAGAGGGAGAUAAUGGGACUUACAAAGUAUGGCCUCGAGUAUUCUCAUUAUAGAGAUGUUUUGGAAUAUGGCAGCCACCUUGAAAGACAACUGGGAUAUCAGAAUGGUCAUUUCAGCCAAGAAAUACUUACUCAUGGAUAUAUGCCCACAUAUAUUCAACAGACAUUCUUUACUCUGCAUCAAAUAAUUAAUAAUGAAGAGAAACCUUAUGAAUGCAAGAAAUGUGGGAAAGUCUUUAAUCAGAAUUCACAAUUUAUUCAACAUCAAAGAAUUCAUAAUGGUGAAAAAUCUUAUGAAUGUAAGGAGUGUGGGAAAUUCUUUAGCUGUGGCUCACAUGUUACUCGACAUCUGAAAAUUCAUACUGGUGAAAAACCCUUUGAAUGUAAUGAAUGUGGAAAGGCCUUCAGUUGUAGCUCAUACCUUUCUCAACAUCAGAGAAUUCAUACUGGUAAGAAACCCUAUGAAUGUAAGGAAUGUGGGAAAGCCUUUAGUUAUUGCUCAAAUCUUAUUGACCAUCAGAGAAUUCACACUGGUGAAAAACCCUAUGAAUGUAAAGUAUGUAGGAAAGCUUUUACUAAGAGCUCACAACUUUUUCAACAUGCAAGAAUUCAUACAGGUGAGAAACCCUAUGAAUGUAAGGAAUGUGGCAAAGCUUUUACUCAGAGCUCAAAGCUUGUUCAGCAUCAGAGAAUUCAUACUGGUGAAAAACCCUAUGAGUGUAAGGAAUGUGGCAAAGCCUUCAGUAGUGGCUCAGCACUUACUAAUCAUCAGAGAAUCCACACUGGGGAAAAACCCUAUAAUUGUAAGGAAUGUGGCAAGGCUUUUACUCAGAGCUCACAACUUAGACAACAUCAGAGAAUUCAUGCUGGUGAGAAACCUUUUGAAUGUCUUGAAUGUGGGAAAGCCUUUACUCAGAACUCACAACUUUUUCAACAUCAGAGAAUUCAUACAGAUGAAAAACCAUAUGAAUGUAAUGAAUGUGGAAAGGCUUUUAAUAAAUGCUCAAACCUUACUCGACAUUUGAGAAUUCAUACUGGUGAAAAGCCCUAUAACUGUAGGGAAUGUGGGAAGGCAUUUAGUAGUGGGUCAGAUCUCAUUCGUCAUCAGGGAAUUCAUACUGAUGAAUAAUAAAAGUUAAAGCUCUUCCUAAUAUUUUAAACAACAAAUAAUGUUAGAGAGUUACCAUCUUUC